UUGCCUUCAAUUAAUUGACCUUCACACAGCACGCGACUUUUCUAAAGGACAUACUACUAUAUACUGGAGAGGUACGUACGUAUAACAAGCUAUUUGUUGACUCAAGCACUCCGCUACAAGACCAGGCACACAUCUAAUAAGCAACUGGCAAGGCUCAGGAAGCAGCAAUGAGUUGGGGAACUGAACUUUGGGACCAGUACGACAAGAUCUCGAGUCACACUGAGCAAGGCAUAGAAUUCACCAAGAAGGUAGCUUCCUUUGUGGAGAAAAGAAUACACGUGGAGCACAGCUACGCCAAGGACCUCAGGAAACUGGUCAAAGGGUUCGUGAGAAAAGAUGAAGAUGAUUCGCACUACACUGCCAUCAAGGCAUUCUCCAAGAUGAUCAAUGAAGUAAACGAUUUGGCUGGACAGAGAGAGCUCAUCUCAGAGUACCUUGAGUCAGAGGUGUUGCUUCCGCUAAAGUCACUGACCAGAGAUAUCGCUGUGGAGAGACGAAAACAUUUGGGCGCAGGAAGUGAGCUUCAUAGGAAAUUCAAGAGUGAAAUGGACAAUCUAGACAAGAUUAAGAAGCAAUACGAGAGAGCAAGUGAGGACGCAGAGAAUGCUCAGCAUAAACUGGAGAAGGCUGACAAUGAUCCCAACUCAACCAAAGCCAAGAUUGACCAAUUCACGACCACUCUGCGACAGAAAGAGCAAACAGCUGAAGAGUGCCAGAACAAUUAUAUCCUCACACUGGAUACCACCAACGAUUUCAGACGACAGCAUUUCAACUCCAAAGUGCCAGCUCUGUUCACAGAAAUUGAAGGUAUGAACGAGAGGCUGCUCAACAAGUAUAAGGAGUUGGUUGCCCAGUUUGCAGAGUGCCAGAGACGAGUACUACCUGUCGUCAAUACUUGUCUGAACAACAUCACUGAGGCCUCGGAGUUUAUAGAUGCUGUUAAGGACAACCAGCAGCUGGUGGGUGACGUCAAGACUGGGUUCCCCAUUCCUGGAGCCGUGGAGUUUGAGGAGUACUUAGGAAAGCAAGCCAAGAAGGCACAGAAGAAGGCACCUGUCAAGGUGGAGCCCAAGGAGGACUACAGUCACUUACCCCCGGAGCAGCGGAGGAAGAAGCUGCAACUGAAGGUGGACACUCUCGAGACUCUCAAGAAGAAAGCCUUCACUGACCGAACUGCAAUGGAGAAGAUGCAAGCGAUAUACACUCAACAACCCAAGCUAGGAAACGCUGAAGAGAUCAAACAAUCACUCGAAAUGAACACUCAGAAAAUUACUGGCUACGAUCAAGACCUGGAGAAAUUUAGAGGAUUCUUAGCGGAGGCCCAAAGAGUAUUAGAAGCUGAACCAGUACCAUCGAAAGCUAACAAGAAACUGGAGGUUGGCGGGUUCGCUAAGAAGACCUCAAAGUUCUCUCCGAAACCAUUCAAGAAAAACGACAAGAAGAAAAGCAAAGGAGGGAACCAGAGUGACGAGGGUGAUGACUCUCCAGUGGUGUCUCCUGUUAACGAUGGUGCUAGAGGAUUGGACACACCCACCAAAAAUGACGAGUGGUCUGAAGAUGAUGAAGAUGAUGACGAUGAGGUGGUGGCAGAGAGGGCGGAGUCAGAGCUCAGUGAGCCGGCACGGAUCUUGUAUGACUUUUCUGCUCAAAAUGAAGACGAACUAUCUGUGAACGCAGGAGACAAUAUUAUCAUCAUACAAGAUCUACAAGACGGUUGGCUACAAGUUCGGAAGAGAGAUGAAGAAGGCUACGUUCCAGAGUCGUAUGUGAAGAGAGAAGACUAGCGAGGAAUUGAGCCAAUCAAAAAAACACUUGUUAUUUGCAAACUAAUGUCUAGAAUUCCACAUUUUAUUAUUAUGCAUAUUAUUUUAGCUAGUAUGCUUAUUGUACUAGUUAUUGCGUAAAUUAUGUUAUCUAUUUUUAGCUUUUCUAGUAUUAUGCCGUGUGUUAGUUUAGUGCUGUAAUUAUAUGAUUGUGAUCUUCAAGAUUUUUUGGUUUGAAUUGAA